AAAGUUAGUUUUACAACGCACAGCGGACAAGAGCGUCGUGGAGGGUGGAAAUGUGUUCUCUGCAGAGUUUAAGACGAGUGUGCUUCACUAAAAAGAUAUUGAAUGUAAAACAAAGUGGUGUCGCAAUAUGUAAACUACGCGCGUACAGUGAAAGUGGCAAACAGCCAUCCAAAACGCCCUUAUAUGACUUGCACAUCAAAUAUGGCGGAAAAGUGGUCGACUUUGCAGGCUUCCUGCUACCAGUCCAGUACUCCGAUCAGUCUGUAUCCGCAUCUCACUUGUUUACUAGAAAAAGUGCUUCUAUAUUCGACGUUUCACACAUGCUGCAGACCAACGUCAAAGGCAAAGAUUGUAUUGCGUGGUUCGAGUCAAUAUGCCCCGUAGAUCUGAAAGGUAUGGCAGUCGGGUCCAGUUCACUGACCGUGUUUCUAAACAAUAAAGGGGGCAUCAUCGAUGAUUUGAUUGUUACAAAAGUAAAUAACGAAACACUAUACAUAGUCUCCAAUGCGGGGCGUUUAGACGUUGAUAAAGAACAUAUGAAAGAAACGUCCGAAAUAUUUAGGAAGAAAGGAAAAGACGUGAACAUUGAAUUUUGGGAUGUGAACCAAAGAGGUUUGAUAGCGGUUCAAGGCCCAAAAGCGGCCGCGGCCGUACAGUCUCUCACCGACAUUCAGAUGAACGAUUUGUUUUUCAUGACGUCACGCGUAGGUUCGGUCGCGGGGGUGCCGUGCCGGGUCACUCGCUGCGGGUACACGGGCGAGGACGGCGUGGAGAUCUCGAUGGCGGCGGGCGAGGCGGGCCUGGUCACGGAAGCUUUGCUGCAAAGCGAUGACGUCAAACUAGCCGGCCUGGGCGCCAGAGACUCGCUCCGCCUCGAAGCGGGGCUGUGUUUGUACGGCAACGAUAUAGACGAGAGCGUGACCCCGGUGGAAGCCAAUCUCACUUGGUUGAUAUCUAAGCCUAGGCGAGCCGAAGCAAAUUUCCCAGGGGCAGAAAUUAUAUUGAACCAAAUAAAAGGAGGCGUAAGUAAAAGACGAGUAGGGAUCAGAAUGGAAACGGGCGCGCCGGCGAGGAAGGAUGCUUUGUUAAAGGACGCAAAAACAGGUGAAGUGGUAGGAAAAGUGACCAGCGGCUGCCCCAGCCCGUCGCUGGGCGGCAACGUGGCCAUGGGCUACGUCGCGGAGGCGCUCAAGAAGGCCGGCACUGACUUACUGGUAAAUAUCAGGGGUAAAGAUGCGCCUUGUCUAGUGGAAAAAAUGCCUUUUGUUCCAUCUCAUUAUUAUGUUAAGAAAUAAAACUUACUAAUAUCUAAAAUAA